AUGGAAGCGAUUCGAUCUGAGAAGGAAUACUUGAUGGAGGCCCUUGACCUCGAAAGCAAUAGACUCGAAUAUGACCCUUGGCUUCUCGAUGAUCACCCUCUACGAUCUUAUCCGACAGAGUGCAUUCCUGGGCUUGGGGCUUAUCUAGACGAGUCCAUUGGAAAGCGGAAGAAAAGUUUCCUCCGUGCUGGAUGUCUACUGAUAGGGUGCUUAGCUGUGUUCCAAUUAAUUCGUUUCCUACCCGUCAAUACAAAAUCACUCCCGCACGAGCUCUCGUCUCCACAAAUCCAUAUACGGCCACAGACUGGUGCUUGCACUUUCCCCACACUCGACACGCGACCGCAUGCGCUUGAGUCCUCUCUCGCUGGGGGAUGCGAUGGUCUACGAACGGCCGUUUGGAUGCAUGACAAUGAGCUACAAAUCGGCAACGCGGUCGCCGGGCCUGACUCUGGGGUUCUCCUUGGCCGAUUCGGCUUCGACCCGCUGCUGGUGAAACUGGACGAUGUUGCCGAAUCGCCCUCUAAUGAUAAUGAGCCCACUUCCUCUCAACCUGAUUCGUCUCGGACUUUCCUUUUGAUGCUUGAUGCUAAGACCUCGCUGCACGAACUAUAUCCACUGCUUGUCGAACAACUCGAUACUCUUCGCCAGAGAGGCUAUCUCUCUCAUUGGGAUGGGGGAAAUGUUGUUCAACGUUCAGUCACCGUCGUUGUUACCGGGGAGAGUUCCCCCAACAGUGAUUGUGUCAAUCAUUCUUACUCCGACAUUUUUUGGUCAGCAGUGCCAGAAGGAAGAGUUACGACGAGUGACUUCACGAAGGACGGCCUCCAAUAUCUAUCGCCGUUCUGUAUAGUAUGA